CUUUUUCCGCACACGAGAGCCAAUAAGGGCGCCCAGAGGCGUGCCCGGGCGGGAGAUUACUGGGAACCCUCAGUGCUCUGUCUCAGUGUGUGGAGAGAGACCGGGCAGAAAUGAACAGAAUUCGGAUUCACGUAUUGCCGAGCAGGGGGAGGCUGACCCCGGUGUCCAGGACCUAUGAAGCCCUUUCCUGUGCCUACACACACCGUCCAUGCUCCCAGCCACGCAUCGAGGGCUAUGAGUUCUGCAUCAAACACAUCCUGGAAGACAGGAACGCUCCCUACAAACAGUGCAGCUAUGUUUCCAAUAAGAACGGGAGACGCUGCACCGUGGCUGCUCCUAAACCUGACAAAAAGGAUGGAGUUUCAUUCUGUGCUGAACAUGCACGAAGAAAUGCACUGGCUCUUCAGGCUCAAAUGAAAAAGUCAAACACCGGGCCAACCAAUGAAUCUUUGCUGUACCAGUUGAGUUCCUAUGCACGUGGCGAGCUGGGCACCCAAAACCAGGAAAGCAGCCGAAGCGAGUCAAGCCGGAUACUUGUAGACGAGGACAGCUGCAGUGAUAGCGAUCAUGAGGCAGUCACUGUGGAUCAGACAUGGAUGGGAGAUCUCGACAGUGAAGCUGACAGCCUGGACAGCGAUCAGGAGGACCCACUGAAGCAUGCUGGAGUGUACACGGCAGAGGAAGUCACACUCAUAAUGCGUGAAAAGCUAAUACGUUUGCAGAGUCUCUAUAUUGACCAAUUCAAGCGGCUACAACACUUAUUAAAGGAAAAGAAAAGAAAUUACUUGCACAGUGUUAAAGCUGAACAUGAGGGUUUUGGGAGUAGUCUUCUUACUGGACCUGAAGGUCUGUCUCCAAAAGAACGUGAGAACCUUAAGAAACUAAAAGCGCUACGUAGAUAUAGAAAGAGAUAUGGGGUAGAAGCUCUUUUACAUCGGCAGUUAAAAGAACGGCGUAUAUUGGCUACAGAAGGUGUAUCGCAGCAGGGUCACACGACAAGAUCCAGUCAACGUUGCCUGGCCUUUGUAGAGGAUGUGCGCUGUUCAAACCCAAGCCUGCCUAUGACUAGACACUGCCUUUCACAUAUUUGUCAGGAUAGCAAUCAGGUCCUUUUUAAGAUGUGUGCAGGCUCUGAAGAAGUUCCUUGUAACAAACCACUUCCAAUUAGCCUAUCCGAAGAACCUUGUUGCCCCUUACACUAUCGGUUACCUUCUCCAAUGUACAAGUCUGAGCCAGUGUUGCCUGCUCCAGAGCAGAUGGAUGUGUCUCCCAUGGAGCUUUAUUUGAGUACGGCUGAAUUGCAGCCUACAGAAAACCUGCCUCUUGAAUUUAGUGAUGACCUUGAUGUAGUAGGUGAUGGAAUGCAGUGUCCUCCAUCUCCUCUGCUGUUUGACCCAUCUGCAGACAUGGCCAUUUUAAGAACACCAAUUGACAUACUGGCUGAUACAGAACGGAACAGUACAAGUCACUCUUUACGCACAUCGGAGUCACUGGUGCGUUCUAUCGGACAGAGUCGAGUCGCGUCACCAGAAGAGUCCCAUAUACAAAUGACAGAUCCAGUCAGUGAUGAUGCAAUAAGGCAAACAAUGUCCACAGCCAAUGGCAAUGCAGAAAGUGCCUCUUUCAGUUGAAUUUUGCAUGGGCAUGAUGUCAUUAUCAGAGUUUAUUGAAUACUUUUUCUACCUUCAUAUGAUGACCAGAUGGAACCACUUAGUAAUGUUAAGCUCCAUUUUGACAACUGUAGAGCAUGAUCACAUCUGAAAUGUCUGGAGGCCAUUACUUUCAGCCACUGUACCGUUAAAGAAUAUUAACCUACCUAUACAUUCAAAAAUAAAAUGAGUGGUUCUUUUAGGAAGAA